AAACUGACAGAUUAAAAUAUAUAUUCACAGAACAACUGUACUCGAAUAAAAAUGACUUUUGCACAAUCGAUAAUAUUAGCGCCUUGCCCAACAUUGCAGAAUUGUUGCCAUUGAUUUCCUGGGAUAGUCAUAACCCUGCAGGAGCUCACGUGCCAGGUUUCUAAAAAUGAGCAUCUGAAGCCAAGUCAAGAUGACAAGCCCAAACCGAGACAUCCCCAUCCACAGCUGGCCAGGCUCCUACUACAUCAACAGCGAGAAGCGCUGGGAGGCCGGGACCCUGUCCCUGACCCGCACCAUAUUGCGCUUCACCUCAGACCAGAGCAAAGAGAACCUGGUUGGCUUCCGCCUCACCAGGAUCAUGGAGAUCAAGAUGGAGUCGUCCAGCUUCAUCUUCAGCACUCUGACUGUGUUGGAACAGGGGAAUCUCAAGCACUGGUUCGGCUCACUGAGGCCCAACCGGUUGGUGGUCUACAAUGUCCUGGAGCAUUUCUGGAGGGAGAGGUUGUUGUCCCCCUCUACUGAGGUCCAGAGGGCCGAGGCACAGCCCACCAAGGGGAGGGAGCUGAUUAACCUGGUGGCAGGGGCUCAAAGACGGCUAGAGGACACAGGGUAUGUCCUCCACCACCAGGGAGAGCAGUUUGAUAACGUCAUGCAGGGCCUGGACAAGAUCGACUCUGAUCUGGGCGUGGCAGACAAGCUACUGUCUGAACUGCAGUCUCCCCCUUGGUGGCCUUUUGGCAAAUUACCCUGGAAGAGUCAGCAGGAUGCCAAUGCUGAGCAUGCUGCCAGGGAGGCCACUUGUAAGGGAACAGCAACAGGCAAGCACAGAGUGAUCACCAGCAUACCAGCCAUCGUUUCCAGAGGUGGAGACUCGGACCUGAAGCCUGGCUGCUUGAUGGUGAUGGUCUCCUCUUUAGAAGUCCGAGACACAAACUAUGUGCUCCUCCACCGCUUUGAGAGGGACGAGGUGGAUGACAUCCGGGUGCACAACCCUUAUGAGAUCAGUGUGAGGCAGAGGUUCAUAGGGAAGCCAGACAUAUGCUUCAGACUCCUGUCGGCUAAAAUGCCGGAGGCCAUGUCUGUGCUAGAGAUACAGUAUAAGAAGAAGGUAGAGUACACGAGUGAGUACUCUGCCUUUAAGACGACCCCAGCCACAACCCCAGGUGACCAGAAUCAACGUUUAAUAUGGAAUGCAGCAGGCUUGCAGCAGUACCAGGAGACAGAGGUCCCCCGUACAGUCCCAGGAGGAGAGCUUUCCCAGGUGCAUCUACAUGUCCUUAAGCCAGAGGUUACUCAGGCUGAGGUUCAGGAGCUCCGACAGAUGCUAAUGCAGCUGAAAAAUCUUGCUCUGGAGGCUGAGACUGAGCUGGAGAGGCAAGACGAGGGCCUGGAUGUUCUGACCACCUCUAUGGACCAGGCCACCAUGCACAUAGACAAACACACCUGCCGCAUGAAAAGGCUGCUUUGCAGGUGUCAGUAAAGCCAUCCCCCUCCCUCCAUGCACAUGGUUUCCCUCCAGCUCCAAGUGUUGCAUGUUCCCAUGUUUCUGCUGAGUAAAGCGAUGCAUCGAGUGGGAUCUGUAGAACUGUGAGGUAUGCAGUGGGUAUGUAACAUGUAGCAAAGUCCCUUGAAAUACACGGUCUACUUUACAGAGCCCCUACUCUUAAGUCAAUUUCUAUACCAUAAUGUUCCGUACUAGAGAAAGCAGGGAGUAACUCACAAUAGGUUGUCUCUCUGACAUUAUCACUGGAUUUAGGAAUAUCUGUAUAAUCUUAUGUGUAUAUGAAUGACUUGCAUAUUUCUAUGCUGUAGUGUACUCGGAUGUUUUACUGAAAUGUAAUUAUUGUCUCGCUAUCAUAUAUGAACUUGCGAUAAUGUAACGGUCUUCUUGUGGUGAAGUAGUGGCGGACCAAAAUGCAGCGUGGUGGUUAUUCAUGUUUCUUUAAUAAAGACUCAAUACAUGAAUAAACUAACAAAACAAUAA